GUCACUGCUCCCCCUCGGGGGCCAGCCCCCUCCCGCCCGCCCCCCCGCAGCCGCGGAGGGCGGCCCGUUCCCGAGCAGAGCGGCGCGCUAUCUCGGCCAAUGGCGCCGUCCCAGCUCGACAAGAUGCCCGAGCUCGGCACCAAGCCGGUCACGCUGACCGUGAAGCUGCCGCCGUUCAAGUACCAGGUGAACGACCACCUCGGCGAUGGCUUGCGCGAGCUGUACAGGAGGGGCGAGCUCACGGACGUCAGCCUGAUGUGCGCGGAGCAGGCAUUCAGCGCGCACAAGGUGGUCCUCGCCGCCAGCAGCGAGGUCUUCAAGGAGGGCCUCGCGAAGGUGAAGGAGGGCCUCCUGGCGGAGGGGGAGGGCGGCAGCGCCGGUAAGCGCGAGGUGCGCCUCGCGGACGUGUACAACCCGGAGGCCGUGAAGGUCAUGCUGGAUUACAUCUACCAGGUCGAGGACUCGGAGUCUGGAAAAUUUAACCCGAGGACGCAGGACAUCAACAAGACAUACUCACGCUGGCGCAGAAUUUUAGGCUGCCGGGCCUCACCGAGAGGGCCACGCACUGGCUCGCCAAGGACCUGCACACAGGCAACGUCGUCGAGCGGCUGA